UAGCACGGGUUUAUUAUGCGGGAAUUCCCACGUCCGAAGAUCUGGAAUAUGGCUCCAAAGCUAAACAUUGCAAUAAUACUAAUAGCUGCACAAACUUUAAUUGCCCAGACAGUUGAAUCUUCUAACUUGAAUAACAGACCUGUUAUAGGUAUCCUAGCCUUGGAUACUGAUUCAACUUAUGGAAAGACAAUGAUUCCAAUCACCUAUGUAAAAUUCCUUGAGCAGGCAGGGGCACGAGUUGUUCCUAUAAAAGGUGGACAGCCUGAAGAUUAUUAUCAGCAAAUGGUUAAUUAUACCAAUGGUAUACUCAUUACUGGUGGAGCAGUAAGCUUUGAAACUAGUCUCAUUGGAAGAUCUGCAAGAAUUGUUUAUAAAUUAGCUUUAGCUCUAAAUGACAAGGGAGACUACUAUCCUAUGUGGGGUACUUGCAUGGGCUUCCAACUUUUAUGUUACUUGACAGAAGGUGUCAAUCUUUUAAAACCUACAGAUUCAAACAAUGCCUCAUGGCCUCUUAAAUUCUCCACCGAUGUCAAAGGGAGCCGCAUGUUUAAGAAUGCUCCUCCGGAAUUGAUGGAAAUAUUGUCUACAGAACCAGUAACGCAAAACCAACACAGCUACAGUAUACUGAUUCCUGAUUUUGAAAAGUCAUUACUUUCCAAGUUUUUUACAAAACUUUCAACGAAUAAAGACAGGAAAGGAGUAGAAUUUAUCUCUUCCGUUGAAGGUAAAAAAUAUCCUAUCUAUGGUGUCCAGUGGCACCCAGAGAAAAAUAAUUUCAAUUGGAAUCCAAAUUAUGAAAUCAACCAUGAUGCUGAUGCUGUGAGAGUGGGCCAAUACAUGGCUAACUUUUUUGUUAAUGAAGCAAGGAAAAGUCAACACAAGUUUCCUAGUCUGGAGGCAGAAGCUAAGAGUCUUAUACAGAACUACAAAAGAGUGUAUUUUUCUGAUGGAACCUUUUUUGAAAACUACUAUAUAGAUGCAUGAAUCAAUAGUUGCACCCCUUUUUGUUUCACAUUUGUUUCAAGUCAGUUUUUUUUUUACUUUACAGAGUAACAUAUAUAAACAAAUGACUGAUAUUUAAAACUCAUUAUGAUUUCAAUUUUAAUAAAUGUUAUCAAAAUGUAAAAUCAGUAUCAGCACUUGAUUAUUUUAGUUGUAGUAGAGUGUUGAAUACAGAAAGCUUCUAUGUAUACUGUAUUACAACAUGUCUUGUGCAGGGGCGGAUCUACAAUGCUGCCAGACCCAGCAAUGGGGGGGGGGGGGGGCAGGCCGUUUAGGGGACCCACAGCCGACCAUAAUCAAUUUUUUAUAGUUAAAAUUUUUAAAAUUUUGAUGGCUCUUUUGUGAAAAGAAUACUUUAGCUGCGGUUGGAUUAUCUUUAUUCUAUAGACACCAUCCCACGCUCUUGUAUAUUCUUUUCCCUUUGUUUUUAAACCAUUGUGAACGCUGAGUCCUAUUUUUCCUACAAUCAAACAUACUCUGUUAUCUGCAAAAUUCUUUUAGAAAAAAAAAUCAAAGUUCAUUGCGUGCGAGACUGCUAGAUAUUAAGACGACUUUUGCUUCUUUAUAGCGUUGGUUAGGGGCCCACAAUCCAUUGUGAUUUUACAAUGUAAAAUGUACGUUUGUUGUUUGUGUAGAACUACUAUUCUGUAUUAUCCUGUAUUAUACAAAUAAUUAAAAAGCAUAUAAUUACAAUAA